AUGUACUCGAGUCAUCUUCUAGGGCUCUCUUUAAACCAGAACCUGCUUUGGGCACAUCCUGCCCCUGCGCGCCGCCGCCUUAAGCGCAGGAACGCGCCCGCGUGCGCCUCUGGCCACGUGAUCAGGGGCCGCGCUCAGGCCGCCAUGUCCGGGACUCCGGGGGAGCCCGGGUCUUCGGGACCUGUGCCUUUGGGACCCGGCCCAGGUUCUUUUUCGCCGCUGGGCAACGGAGUCCGGUUCUUCUGCACCGUGGGCCGCGGCCUGGAGCCGUUCUUGAUGCGAGAGGUACGGGAACGGCUGUCGGCCACGCAGGUUGAAUAUAUUCCAGGAAAGGUUUUUUUUAACACCUGCUCUGAUUUGAAUAUGCUGAAGAAGUUAAAAUCUGCAGAAAGAUUAUUUUUGCUGAUUAAAAAACAGUUUCCAGUUAGUGUCUCUUCUGUAAGUAAAGGAAAAAUGUUUAAUGAACUACAAAGACUUAUAAUUGAUGAUCCAGGAAGUUGGUUGAAUGGCAUUUCAGUUUGGAAAAGUCUUCUUGAACUUGAUGUAAAAAAUGAGAAACUUUCUCAAGGAAGUUCUAACCUACUAAAAAGAAAAGUGAAAGAAAAUGAAAUUAUCGUUGCUAAAAAAUUAAAAACAGAACAAAUUCAAGAGCUGCAAGAAGGUAGGGACUGCCUGCUGGAAAAACAAAUAAGAGAAGAAACACUGGAGCAGGAAGAGUUUUACACUAAAAGAGAAAAUUCUCAAGAUCAGUUUCAGAAUGAUGUAGAAAAAGCAACUGUUGGUCAGAACCGGAAAGACUUAACUUUCAGAGUGUCUUGUCGCUGCAGUGGGACUGUUGGAAAGACCUUUUCAACACAGGAAGUAGGGAGAGUAAUUGGAAUUGCUCUUAUGAAACAGUUUGGAUGGAAAGCAGAUUUAAGGAAUCCAGAUUUAGAGAUCUUUAUACACCUGAAUGAUAUUUACUCUGUUGUGGGGAUUCCUGUUUUCAGGGUUCCUUUAGCCAGCAGAGCUUACAUCAGGACCGCAGGACUGCGAUCAACCAUAGCAUGGGCAAUGGCAUCUCUCGCUGAAAUUAAAGUUGGUACCUUUGUUUUAGAUCCAUUGUGUGGACUUGGAACAAUACUUUUGGAAGCUGCUAAAGAAUGGCCAGAUGUGUAUUAUGUGGGUGCUGAUGUUAGUGACUCACAGGUACUAGGAGCACAUGACAAUCUACAAGCUGCAGGCCUUAAUGAUAAAAUCGAACUACUUCAAGUCUCUGUCGUAGAAUUGCCGUUGCCUACAGAAAGUGUCGAUAUUAUUAUUUCUGACAUUCCAUUUGGGAAAAAGUUUAAGUUAGGAAAAGACAUCAAAAGCAUUCUGCAAGAAAUGGAAAGAGUGCUUCGGGUUGGCGGAACCAUUGUACUGUUACUAAGUGAAGACCACCACAAGCGCCUUUCUGACUGUGCAAUGAGCAGCAUCCCUUUGAACUCCAAUAGCAGCCACACAGAUGAACCUGGAAUUAAAAAGUGCUUGACUCCUGAGGGGGAGAAUGGUGUGUCAGAGGCAGUGGCUUGUUCAUUUCAAGCCAGUACCUGUAAGGGCAUAGACAAAAUGUCGCCAUUUGGCUCUUUGGUGCCAUUGGAAUGCUACAAAGUUAGCCUUGGAAAAACAGAUGCAUUUAUAUCUAAAUAUAGGAAGUCAGUCUCUUCUGGACAUUAG